AUGGCGGCGGGCGCGGCGCUCCCGGGCGCGGUGGCGGUGGCGGUGGCGGGCGCGGGCGCGGGCGCGGGCGGCGGCCCGGCGGGCGGCUGGGCCGUGGCGCGCCUGGAGGGCCGCGAGUUCGAGUACCUGAUGAAGAAGCGCUCGGUGACGGUCGGCCGCAACUCGUCGCAGGGCUCGGUGGACGUGAGCAUGGGCCACUCGAGCUUCAUCUCGCGCCGCCACCUGGAGAUCUUCACGCCGCCCGCCGCGCCCGGCGACUUCUACCUGCGCUGCCUCGGCAAGAACGGCGUCUUCGUGGACGGCGUGUUCCAGAGGCGCGGCGCGCCGCCGCUGCAGCUGCCGCGCGUGUGCACCUUCCGCUUCCCGAGCACGAACAUCAAGAUCACGUUCACUGCCUUGUCCAGCGAGAAGCGGGAGAAGCCGGAGGCACCCGAGUCCCCGGUGAAGCCGGUGCAGGCCCACAUCUCGCCCCUGACCAUCAACAUUCCAGACACCAUGGCCCACCUCAUCAGCCCCCUGCCCUCCCCGACAGGGACCAUCAGUGCUGCAAACUCCUGCCCGUCCAGUCCCCGGGGAGCAGGGUCUUCAGGUUACAAAAUAGGCCGCGUGAUGCCAUCUGACCUCAGUCUAAUGACCGACAGCUCACAGCCAGAGAAUGAGAAGGAGGCGUCGGGUGGGGACAGUCCCAAGGACGAUUCAAAGCCACCCUAUUCCUACGCACAGUUGAUUGUACAAGCAAUUACGAUGGCUCCUGACAAGCAGCUCACCCUCAACGGGAUUUAUACUCACAUCACUAAAAACUAUCCCUAUUACAGGACUGCGGACAAGGGCUGGCAGAAUUCAAUUCGCCACAAUCUCUCUCUGAACCGUUAUUUCAUCAAAGUACCACGUUCCCAGGAAGAACCGGGCAAAGGCUCCUUCUGGAGGAUAGACCCGGCCUCUGAAAGCAAAUUGAUAGAGCAGGCUUUCAGGAAGAGACGGCCGAGGGGCGUACCUUGCUUCCGAACACCUCUGGGACCGCUCUCCUCGAGAAGCGCACCAGCCUCUCCCAACCAUGCUGGGGUGCUGUCUGCCCACUCCAGCGGUGCCCAGACCCCUGAGAGCCUGUCAAGGGAAGGUUCACCAGCCCCCCUGGAGCCUGAGCCUGGCACCCAGCAACCCAAACUCGCUGUCAUCCAGGAGACGCGCUUUGCACAGAGCGCCCCAGGCUCGCCUUUGUCCAGCCAGCCUGUCCUCAUUGCUGUGCAGCGGCAGCUGCCUCAGGCCAUCAAGCCUGUCACCUACGCGGUCGCCACCCCCGUCACCAGCGCCACCUCCCAGCAGCCCGUGAUGCAGACGGUGCACGUCGUCCACCAGAUCCCCACCGUGUCUGUCACCAGCGUGGCUGCGCUGGCCCCCGCCAACACGUACACGGUCGCCGGGCAGGCAGUGGUCACCCAGGCAGCCGUGCUGGCCCCUCCGAAGGCAGAGCCCCAGGAGAACGGGGAACACAGGGAAGUCAAAGUGAAAGUGGAGCCUGUUCCCGCCAUCAGCCACGCCACGCUGGGCGCCGCCGGGCGGAUCAUUCAGACCCCCCAGCCCACCCCGGUGCAGACAGUCACCAUAGUCCAGCAGGCACCACUGGGCCAGCACCAGCUCCCCAUCAAAACUGUCACCCAGAAUGGGACGCAUGUGGUGCCCGUCCCCGCCGUCCACGGCCAGGUGAACAGUGCAGCAGCAAGUCCUCUGCACAUGCUGGCAACCCACGCCUCUGCCUCAGCCUCGCUCCCCACCAAGCGCCAGAAUGGCGACCAGCUGGAGCAGCCAGAGCUGAAGCGGGUUAAGACCGAAGAGGGUGAGAGCAUUGUGAUUGCCCUGAGCGCGGACACGCCGGCCUCGGUGCGGGAGAAGAGCGUCCAGAACUAGCUCAGCAUCUGUCCAUACUGGGGACCCGCACGCACGACUCUGGUGCCAAAAGGAGACAUGCCUCUCACCGAUGCUCGGAGCCCGUCCUCGGUGGGUAGAGGGCCCUGCGGUUGGACUUCACCUCAGCACUGAACAGGAAAACCCAGGUGGCCUUAAAACUCCUUCUUUCAGACAAAAGUCACACCCGAACAAAACCGCUUCCAGAGACUAUGUGUCCCCGCCCGACACCGACACCCAGCCUCCCCACUCCCCGCAGGGACUCGGCUCCUUUGAGCGUGGCCGCGCCCAGUGCCUGCCGGCUGCCCUCGGAGGGCCCAUAGGCCGGCGCUAGGAGAAAAGACAGUAUUUUGUUGUCCACACGUGGAAUUAGAAUAUUUUGAGGUGUACUUUCUUUCUUUACAAAAUAAUGGGGUCUUUGACAUUUCACAUCACUCCAUUUCUAUUCUGGAAAUUUUGGAAUCACACAGGACCUUUCGUGUGGAUUUCGUUUGGGGAAAAGAAACAACACGGUUUCAUUUGUUUUUGUUGUUUGUUUUCAGCCUAUGGCAUGAUUUGCUUUUGUCUGUCCUGUUUGAGUUCAGAUGGAACACCUCGGUGACCUCUGCAGAUUGUCCCUGUUAGUGCAGUUACGAUGAAUUGACCCCACCUCCAUUUCACAUAGGAUGGAUGGUGGACAGACGGACACUGCGGGCUGCAUGUGGCCAGGAUGGAGAGAACUGCCCGCUGCACUUACCUGUUUCUCUUGCUACUUUGUUGUUUGUUUCUUUGUGUUGACUUUGUCCCUAGCAUAAUUUCCACUCUAAGUAAAACAAGUCUCCUAAGAAUUGUGUAUGUUUAAAACCAUGGAACUAUUACUGCUUCAUUUGGAAAGAAAGAAAAAAAAAAAGAUUCGCUCUUGUCUCUCACCCCAUUUCUAACACGCCACAGAACUUCGUGCGUGGCACACCGCUCCUGCUUGGGGAGCUGCCUUCUAGCUCUUGGCUUCGUCCACAGCCUCCCCAGCUCUGGUGCGUGUCCCCACCGUGGGGAGAGCAGCUGUGCCAGGAACAUCCUGUCGUGUCCUGGGAAAGGGGUAAGGAAAGGCCCCUUCGCCUCUCCGAUGACUCCAGCCAGGCCGAGGUCUCUCCUGCAGGCAGGAACCAGGUGAGAAGCAUACGAGCCCGUACAGGGGCCCCGUGCUCCUGAGGAACAGGUGUGUCCCUUCUUGGCGUGUUCAGGGCUUGGCCGAGCGGCCACGUGAGAUCAAGGGCUUUGGCCCCAUCGUGGAUUUUUAAAUGUCAUCUUCAUAACAUUAUUUAUUUAAAUGUAGUUAUUUUGGUAUUUAAUUUUUUUAAAUAGAGGAGAAACCCUGUAUUUUCCUGGUGGAAUGAAACAGCUCUCAGAAUGGCUAUUUAGGCGACUUAAAAACAUUAUUAUUUACUUAAAACCAAAUAUGAUGAA